AGAUGGACACUUCAAAGACUCCUGAGUGAAAGUCGCGAAUGGUUAAAAAAAUAAAUAAAAACAAAGAAAAAACAGUUUAGAAAGAAAAACCUUUUUAUGUUAGUCUGGUCAGCUAUUCCUCUCAUUGAGGUUUUCUUUUUUUGCAGUCUUAAUAACAUGCUCCAUUUAUCUGACUGUUCCAUUUUAAGCUGGGAGCAAGAGAAAUGAGCGAAUCAGACAGCUUGUUGUUGGACAGAGUUGAGCAAUGGUUGUAGAAAUCGAGAGAAGCAGGGAGUGAAGGGUAAGAAAGGGAAGGAGUUAAAGAAAAAAAGAGGAUGUGGCCAGCAGUAAAAGAUGACUGGAGGGGAGUAGAGCUCUCUGUCUAAUUAUAGAUCCUGCUGUGAGCUGGCUGAGGCAGAAGUGCUACUGGGGGUUUUUACACUGCCGGAUAUUUACAUGACAAACACGGGUUUUUCCAGCGCUCUGUCAGCGUCCUGCACCGUGUUCCCUCCCAUGGACCUCCGGGUGGGAGAGCGGGGGACCCCGCUGCACCAGCCACUGCUCCUCACACCCUUCUCCCCACAAGGCCGCAGCGCAUUCUCCCAGCAGCAGCAGCUGCAUCAGCAAAUCAGGUUUAAUAUGGAGCAGAGGAGACGGGAGCAGGAGCACCAGGAGAAACAUCAGGAACUGCAACAGCUAAUGCACAAAGACAGAAGCCAGCAAAGCGCUGUGGCGAGUUCAGCGGUGAAACAGAAACUCCAGGAGGUGAUUCUCAAGAAGCAGAAACAGGCGGCGCUUGAAAGAACAAACUCAAACGCCUUGAAUGCACAUUCUGUACCCUACAGAAAGCUUGGUCCAGACCCCAACGUCCCCACCCAGCCUCUGGUCUCAUCUCCACCACAACCUCCAUCUGACGGCCUGGAGGGGACGCCGCUGCGCAGAGCAGCGUCAGAGCCCAACCUGAAGGUGAAGCACAAGCUGAAGAACCACCUGAAAACACGAAAGAGUCCGCUCACCCGCAAGGAAAGCGCCCCGCCCACCAUCAAGCACCGAGCGUCGGACGUGCUGGAUUCUUCCCCCAGCAGCAGCAGCACUCCGGUCUCUGGCUGUAGUUCUCCUAAUGACAGUCUACCCAAUGAGAAUGGACUGCUGCCCUCUGCAGGCGGGCCUCUGCAUGAGGCUCAGAAGUUGCUGCUCAGAGACGGGACCUUGUCUAACUUCACCAUCCAGAAUCCAUCCACUCUGCCCACCAUCACACUGGGACUGCCAGUCAACCCCAGGGCGGAGGUGGAGCUCUCCUCCCUGAAGGUCAGCCGUAUUCCUGUGGUCGCUGCCGGGAGCUCGCCUGUCUUCCUGCCGCUCAGCAGAGACGACCAGGCGGGCCAGAUGAACCCUCACCUCCCUGUCAUCAUCCUGGAGCCUUCCGGACUCAUGCAUACUCUUGGUGCAGUGCCGGGCCUCGACCCCGUCCCUUUGCAGUUUGCACCGCAGUUAGACCGGCUGUCUCCAGGGGGCGUGCAGGCCCACAAGCCACUGAGCAGAACCCGCUCAGAACCCCUUCCCCAGAGCCCGCGGGCCCUCCAUAACCAUCUCCUCCAGCAGCAGCACAACGCGCAGUUGCUGGAGAGGCUCAAGCAGCAGACGCACCUGGGAAAGCUGAUGUCCAAGUCCAGCGAGAAGCCCAGACUACAUCAGAUCCCUUCUGAGGAUAUGGAUUCUGAGGAUGGAGGUCGAGCUUCACCCAUGGAGACCAGCUACCAGAGCAGAGUGCGAGCGGAGUCACAGAGGGAGGCGGAGCCGACCGGAUCCAAAGCCCACGAAGAGCAAAUCAACCUACAGCAUGCGCUCAUACUCAACCAGUCGUUGCUAUAUGAACAGCAGAAGCAGCUGCAGCAGAUGCACCAGCAGAUGGAAACCCUGGUUGUGCCCGUGUUCCGCGGCGGUGGGCCGGCCUGCGGGGCUGGCGUCCAUCGGGCGCUGUCGCGUACACGCUCGUUGCCGGCCUCCACCUCGCUCACUCCGCCUGAGAACACCCUGAGCCUGACGGCGCAGGACACUGUCAGCAAACCCCGCUUCACCACCGGGCUGGUUUAUGACUCUCAGAUGCUAAAACACCAAUGCACAUGUGGAGACAACAGCAGUCAUCCAGAGCAUGCUGGGAGAAUACAGAGCAUCUGGUCACGACUGCAAGAGAGAGGCCUGAGAGGGCAGUGUGAGAGUAUCCGCGGUCGAAAGGCCAACCUGGAGGAGCUGCAGUCGGUCCACACGGAGCGCCACGUGUUGCUUUACGGCACAAACCCCCUCAACAGGCUGAAACUGGACAACCGCAAACUGGCUGGAAUCCUCUCACAAAGGAUGUUUGUCAUGUUGCCAUGCGGCGGAGUCGGGGUGGACAAUGACACCAUCUGGAAUGAGUCACAUACUUCCACGGCAUCACGCAUGGCGGCGGGCAGCGUCGUUGAGCUGUCAUUCAGGGUGGCCAAAGGAGAACUCAAGAAUGGCUUUGCUGUGGUCAGACCGCCAGGACAUCACGCCGACCCGUCCAACCCAAUGGGUUUCUGUUAUUUUAACUCUGUUGCCAUAGCUGCCAAGCAGCUUCAGCAGAAGCUCAAUGUCAGCAAGAUCCUCAUUGUCGACUGGGACGUUCACCAUGGUAACGGCACCCAGGAGGUGUUCUACAGCGACCCCAGCGUUCUCUACAUUUCACUUCAUCGCUACGAUGACGCAAACUUCUUCCCUGGCAGCGGUUCACCAACUGAGGUCGGUUCUGGAGCCGGUGAGGGCUUCAAUGUGAACAUAGCGUGGACUGGAGGCUUGGAGCCGCCCAUGGGAGAUGCUGAGUACCUUGCUGCAUUCAGGUCUGUGGUGAUGCCCAUUGCCCAGGAAUUCUCUCCAGAUGUGGUUUUGGUGUCGGCCGGGUUCGACGCAGCUGAGGGGAACCCUGCUCCUCUGGGCGGGUACAAAGUCUCUGCCAAGUGCUUUGGCUUCCUAACCCGCCAGCUCAUGUCCCUCGCUGGAGGCCGUCUGAUUCUGGCCCUUGAGGGAGGUCAUGACCUCACAGCCAUCUGUGACGCAUCUGAAGCCUGCGUCAGUGAACUACUAGGUAUACAGGAUGCAAUGCCAGAGGAUGUUCUGCUCCAAAAACCCAACGCCAACGCAGUGCGCUCCCUCCAGACUGUGAUAGAAAUACAAAGUCAGUACUGGCAGAGUGUGAAGGCCCACAGUGGAUCGGUGGGCAGGUCGUACGCUGCCGCUCAGAGUCGGGACUGCGAGGAGACGGACACUGUAAACGCUUUGGCCUCGCUCUCUGUGGGAGUCAUCUCCAACAAGAGGCUCCUGGACGAGCCGAUGGAUCACGAAAGCAACUCCAUGUAGGAGAACUUGCAGAAAUUCAAGAAAAAAAAAGUGCCUCACCAACCACGGGUUCUCCAUGGCGCUGUCUGGGUUUUUUGCAAUGCCACUCAGCCCAUCUCCUUCUUCCCCACACCAGUUAGCCUUCUUCACACUCAAUCACACCAGCCGACACACAAGAUCGAACCUCAGAUCUGGUAACCACUUGUAGCACUACCUGCAGCUGAGAAACCUUGGGAAACCUCACCAAAGAGCAAUACAAGUCCACUCUGACAGACUCCUCAUCUCUCCUGACUGACAGCCACUCAAAGAGCUAUCGGAGACAAAAAAGAAAUAAACAGUUUUGGAGAUCAGUUGAGAUUCUUCUUGAAGCACUGUGUACCAGCAGCUGAUUUGGUGCCUUAACCUCACCCCGUGUAUUUUUAUUUUUAUUUUUUUUUGUGAAGCCCCAGCAACAGGUUUCACAGUGAGAAGGACUUCACAUGUGAGACCUGGAGCAAACGCUGACCAAAGGGGACGAUAAACAGACACACCUUGUCGGACGUGCAACGGGUCAACACACAACAGCAUUGCAACAAAGACGGCGACAAAGAGAAACGUGCUGAGACAGUUUAACCACUAGACCAUGACGGUAAAGAACUCAAGGAAAGAGAGUGAAUGAAGACACAAAAUGGACAACUGUGGUUUCUAGAAAAAAAGGACAAUUGUCCUUUGUUGUUUUAUUGCACUGUUCAGUCCUUAAUGUGAACCAUAAGAAAUUCCAAAGCUCUGGGAUCACACAAUUCCUCUUUGUAGUUUUUUUUUUCCGAAGAUCUGGAUAAAAUAGUGUUUGUUAUAUUGUUUCCAAAUUCUUUUUUUCCCCCCUUUCUUACUCUUUUUAUGCUGGCCGAAAUACUGUAGAGUUGUAUUUCCUGCCAACUAAACCAUAAAAGUAGGCGAGAAUAUCUUUUUUUCACUGCUGUUCAGCAUCUUACUCUGUCUUGCAUACAGACAUAAAACUCAGUCUGACAUGUACAAAGCAAAGAUGAACUAUUAUUUUACCACUAGUAUUGAAUGCUAUAUAUUGAUGUUUUAUUUUUGAGACUAAAGGCGUGAUCAUUCCACCCUGGCACCACUGAAGACUAUUGUAUUGUUCUAUAUAAGCAGUACUGUUGAAGCACUUACUAUGACAAGAGAUGCACCAAUCAAAUUUCUGUGGCCAAUUUCCGAUAUCCAGUGUUAUGUAAAGAUCCCAACUAUUAAUGUCAAUGUGACCCAAUUCCACUUUCUGGUUAAAACCUCUUUUUUAUUUUGAAAUAUGUUGUGCAUUCAGUACAACAAAGCAAGACAAAAUCAGCAAACGCAAACAGACAUGUUGGCUGCAAGAACUAAAGGAGCAACCACAAAAACCACAAAAAAUGAAAGCAUAGUGUUGAUCUGACAUUGCUGACAUUGGGGCCAUAAAUAAACCACAAAAGUCUGUAAACAAAGGGUUAUAUAAGAUGAUACUGAAAUGGAAUAUGGAGGCAUAAACUUUGUAGAUGAGGUUCUGUGAAACAAUGAACCAGAAAAGCAUCAACACGUUCAGUCAAUCUGUACUGUCGACCCCGGGUGUUUCCUGGGUUAAGGGCCAUGGAUAUGUGAGACGCCCUCUAAACAUGCCUAUAGGUGCCUAUUUUAAUAAUUGAAACAUCAACUAUAUCGUAAUAAACAUUAUAUAAUAUACAUUGGAAACCGUCUUAGAAGCUAAUAGUGCAGUCCUCCUUAUUUCCAUCCUUUGGGGUUUCACCCAAUUAGCAUCACAAAAAAUAAAUGCGACUCCUGGAUUCACUGAUAUACAAAAAAACAGCCAAUUGCAGCUUCCCAAACUUAAUCUUCUUUUGAAUAUAUUGAGUAUUAUAUUCCUUUGAGGAAAAAUAUUGCAUUUAGCUUUGGAUGAUGCUACAGGAGGACCUCCUCAGUUGAAUCACACUUAUGAGACCUGGAGGACAGUGAAGGUAAAUGCUGCUCAGGAUUGCCUGGGCGUAAUGAAGCUUCUAGAACCUGUAAUUAAAAGCCUGCAUGUGUCAGAGAACACUUACUGUAAUAUGGGCUUUUUACUAUUUUAAAAUAAUGACAAAAUUAUUUCAGAAUUGUUAUUUAGCUUUUAGCAUCAUGCAUUAGCAAUUAGCAUGACUAUCAUUGGUAAACAAUCAAUCCUAGAUUUUUUUUAUUUUUGUUAUUUCCUUUAUUUAACCAGGUAAACCCCGUUGACAUCUGGAUUUCAUUUUCAAGAGGACCUGGGCAGAAGUCUAACCCUUGUUCUUUCAAUUAGCUCCUUCUACUUUUCUGGUUCAUUUUUCUUAAAUUUUAAACACUUCACAGAGACCAAAAGUUGCUAACUUCGAGGACUCUAGUCUUAAAAAGCAACUUCCACAUCAAAGAGAGUUGUAGUUAGCACCAGGUGUGGUGGGGGGAUCAAGCUGAAUUUCGGACGAUAUCAGCCACAAGACUGUUGCAUCUCUUACAACGACCCAAAGAAAAAUCUGCCUUAAAGCGAUCUGCUGCUGGCAGAGGGGGAACUGUAUGGAAGUGACAUGAGAACAGGCCUAAUCUUUGGAAUAUGGUAUUCUAACUUUUGGACUAAGGCACAUGUCACAUAUGCAGUCUUUUCUAAACUUUUUGCUUGACUAUAAUGACUCACUCUGUUCAGAUGUUUUUUUAAGGAACGAGUCUCAUUUUAAUUAAGAAAACAGUUUUUGUUUGUUGAAGAAAAAAAAAUUGUUGGUAGUUGUAUCUCCAUGUGAGAAUCUUCUGUGUAUCUGUAGCAACUCCUCUUGUCAAACAGCUACAGUUUACCACAGAAGCUGAUGGUGAGCAAGCCAAUCUUUCAGGACUUUGCAUACCAAUAUCUAUGAAAAGCAAGAUUGUGUUUGUUAGUUGUAAAAUGGAGAUUGUCAAACUUUGUUCUAUGCAUCCUACAUUACACCGGGUUUGGAUAAGUCGUGCUAACAUUGUUUUAGACCAGAGCUGAGGUUGGCUGCGUGUAUUUUCUGGAUGAAAAUGGUUCAAACUUCUCAUACUUCUGGACACUAACCUCCUAAAACUUAUACUAAUUAAGAUGCAAUGUGGCUUCAUAGUUUCUCUUUGCUAUUUGUUUUUUACUCAGAAAUUCUAAACUUUUAAUCUUCUCUCACAAUUUGAUAGUUUACUCAGAGUAUUGUUGAUUUUUUUUUUUUUACUUCUUCCGUGUUUAAAGAUGAAGGAGACUUGAACUGAAGGAAAUAUGGGUUUGUCACUCAGAAAACUGUGCCAGCCUUUUUCACAAUCAAACCCUGCAGAUUUUCUUCCCAGCAAAGGUUGGACUGUUUCUGCAGAACUGAGAGAAGUCUGUUUUCUGUCAUGGCGAGUUUUCUGUCAUGGUUGGAGUUUGUUCCUAAUUUUCUCAGUGGGAGGUGUCAGCAUUGAAACAAAGCGCUGUGUCUGUCUCAUCCAGCGUGGCAAGCAGCAGCUGCAUGCGUGUCGUCUGUGAGGUAAAAUGUUGUCUGUGAUUGUGUGUGCACUUCUCUCAUGUGUUGUGUGCAUGCGUUGGCAAGUAUUAAAGUGUCCGAGUGCAUCCAUCGAAUACUGUAAAUGACCUCUGUAUGAUAGUUCCCCCCUUGUAUUUGUCUUACGAAGAGGCCAGUUCUGCCUCAGCUCUUCAUUCCUUUCAUUACUGAUGUAAUUUGUACAUUCUUCUUAAAGAAAGAUGCUGUAAAUAGAAACUGAGACCAAAAUACACGUCACACGUGUGCCUUGACGCAUUCAGUAGCAUGUGUAUUGGUAGUUUUUAAACUAACUGGACUUAAAGUAACUUUGUAUCUCAGAACAUGACAUUGAAAUCUUUGUUUCAUUCUUACUUAACUUGUAUUUUUCAUUCACAUUUCCUACUAUGUGUAUGUAUAGAAAGAUUGUCUAUUUUAUACUUUUUGCCUUUUCUUCUUGAUUAAAACAAUUCUCUGCUCUAA